AAAUUUAAUAAAUAGUUUAUUUAUUAUAAAAAUUCAUUAUCUUCAAUUGAAAGCGAUAAAUCUGAGCUGCGGAUCGCAGACAAAGUAACCGACAUGUGCAUAAUGGGUCGUAGUCAAUCGUUAUACGAAGUCGUCGCUGGCGCGUUGUUAUUUCCCCCAAACUGUCGAAAUGAAAAGGAGAAAAUCGCAAGGAAGUAGAGAUCGCAAGAUAUUCGACGAAUUGCCGGAACCAAUCUUUCCUCUACAAUUCAAAUGCAAUAACACCUUUUGCGGGUCUGAAUUAUCGAACAGAAGAGCUGAAGAAAGGGAUGUCUUCAUCACCGUCGCUGCUAACGGCGACGCAGAAAUACGCCGCCGCAGCGCUGUUCGCGUUAUCGCUGCACCAGGCGCAGAUCCAUCAGAGCCGUCCCUUGGGAUUUCCCUCCCACCCAGACGACGAUGGCGACGACGGAGCCUCCGCCGCCGGCUGCCCGUCCGAGGAACGCAUCAGCACUAGCAGUAGUUGCGAAUCCGUCGCCGAUGACCCCCAGCUCUGGGCCCACGAUUCAUCCGGUCUUCUUCGUCCUGUCUUCAAGUAUCUGGCAAUUGAUAGCAGAGCGUGGGAUGGUCUGCAGGAAACUGUGGCAUAUGCAAGUGCCAGCCAUCAUGUUGGAGCUUUUAUAAGGUUGCUAUCCGAGGAAAGCAGCGAUGCAUCUCAAGAAUCUGCUGAGAAGGAACUGGCUUUGGCAAAUGCUAUAAAAGCUACGACCUUGAGUCUAGAAAAUAGUCAUGAAGAUUACGAGUCCAAGCAGGAGAAGCAACGUGAAUACGAGCAUGCUUGUCGGGAGAAGUUCAAAACCUCUGACAAGACGACAGAGCCAGAAUCCGAAGAGAAUGCUGUGCUGACUAGUCGUCUGGAGGAAACAAAUGCUACUACAGCUGAGGAAGCCCAUGCACUGUCCGUCUCCAAAUCUGAUGGGAAACCAUUGGAAGAGAUAACAAUGCUUACUUACUCAAGAAAAGUAACAGUUCUGUACGAGCUUCUUACUGCUUGUCUAGCCAGUGCACCUGAAGACGAAAAGGUAACCAUUAGACAGAGAAAAGGUUAUGAUGCCAGACAUCGUGUGGCUCUGAGGUUGCUAUCUGCCUGGUUUGAUCUGAAGUGGAUAACAGUGGAGUCCAUUGAAACUAUUGUUGCUUGCUCAGCAAUGGCUCUUCUAAAAGAAAAGGAAAUCGAAGAUGUUUCUCGAUCUCCAGAAAGCAGAUGGGCUAAGUGGAAACGUGGAGGUAUUAUAGGUGGUGCUGCGUUAGCUGGAGGAACAUUGUUGGCAGUUACUGGAGGUUUAGCUGCUCCAGCGAUUGCUGCUGGAUUCAGUGCCUUGGCGCCUACAUUAGGGACUAUAAUCCCCUUUGUUGGAGCAGGUGCUGCAGCUUUUGCUAGUGCUGCUGGAACUGUUGCAGGUUCUGUUGCAGUGGCAGCUUCUUUUGGUGCUGCUGGAGCUGGACUCACAGGGAGCAAAAUGGCUAGAAGGAUUGGAGAUGUUGAUGAAUUUGAGUUCAAAGCUGUAGGAGAAAACCAUAACCAAGGGCGACUGGCAGUUCAGAUCUUAAUAUCUGGAUUUGUUUUUGAGGAGGAUGACUUUGAGAGACCUUGGGAAGGACAAUGUGACAACUCCGAAAGUUAUGUAUUGCAGUGGGAGUCAAAGCAUCUGAUUGCUGUAAGCACUGCUAUUCAAGAUUGGCUUACUUCAGCACUAGCCAUGGAAAUGAUGAAACAUGGUGCAAUGUUGACGGUACUAAGCACUCUUUUGACAGCACUGGCUUGGCCAGCAACAUUGCUGUAUCUCACUGAUAUAAUCGACAGCAAAUGGACGAUUGCCCUGAACAGGUCUGACAAGGCCGGAAAGCUACUCGCUGAAGUUCUACUGAAGGGGCUGCAUGGUCAGAGGCCUGUGACACUUGUAGGUUUCUCACUUGGAGCAAGGGUGAUUUUCAGGUGCCUCCAGACCCUGGCUGAAAGUGAAAAUAGUGCUGGACUUGUGGAAAGAGUUGUUCUUCUUGGAGCUCCCAUCGGAAUUAAGGACAUGAACUGGGAAGCCACACGAAAGGUAGUAGCUGGGAGAUACGUGAACGUCUAUUCUACGAAUGAUUGGAUGCUUGGAAUUGCGUUUCGUGCCAAUCUUCUCACCCAAGGAUUAGCUGGAAUUCAACCAGUUGAUGUCCCGGGCAUUGAAAAUAUUGAUGUGACCGAGCUCAUUGAGGGGCACUCAUCGUACCUAUGGAGAACCCACCAUAUUGUUAAACAACUCGAGCUCGACACUUACUUCCCUGUUUUCAACAGAAGAAUCGUAAAAUCAUAGUACUCGUUCCACAGGAGAUAUCAGAGGUUUGAAACCUGCAAAUCAUGUCAAGGGCAGGCGAAGUGUGGUAAGGCAUAGCAGAUAUGUGAAUAAGUUGUAAGGAGUUCUCAUGCACCAAACACAAAGAGAUGGGAAAUUCUGCAUUAAAUGAAUUGUAGAUAAAUCAUAGUUUUGCUUUGGUGAGAAAUGUUACAUUUUGAUAAAACACUUUUUAUGCU